AUGCAGUUCACCAACAACCUCGCUCUCGGAGCAAUCCUUUGCGCUUCCGUCAUUAACGCACACAUGUCAUUGACUUGGCCACUUCCCUUCCGUUCUGCGCUCAACCCCAACGCCGCCCAAUCUCAAAUCGAUUACAGCAUCACAGCUCCACUCGCAGCCUCCGGUGCAAACUUCCCUUGCAAGUACAAUGACAUGGGCACAGCUGGAGGAAAAUCCGUCGUCACUUGGUCCGCAGGACAAACCGCAAACUGGACCGUCGGAACCGGUGCCAUUCACGGUGGAGGAUCUUGCCAAGUCGCACUCUCCUACGAUUCCGGAAAGACAUUCAAGGUCAUCCAUUCUUACAUCGGAAGCUGUCCUACCGCAGUAAGCUCAAGUGCCGGCUUCACUGUUCCUGCCGACGCCCCAGCCGGAGAAGCAAUGUUCGCUUGGACUUGGCAAAAUCAGGUUGGUAACCGCGAGUUCUACAUGUCCUGCGCUGCCGUCACCAUCGAAAGCACAAAGGCUCGUGCUGCUCCGGCUGUGGCCUUUUCUGCCCGCCCCGAUCUCUUCCUCGUCAACCUUGGCAACGGAUGCACAUCUGUAGAAGGUAAGGCCGUCAACUACCCAAAUCCAGGCCCAGAUGCAGAUGUUACACGCAAGACUUCAGACUCAGGUACCUUCACCGGAACUUGUGGCCCUGUCAAUGGUGUCGCCUCAUCGGGCUCUGAUGCAUCGGGCUCAACUUCAGGAAGCACAGGCGGUGAAAGCUCCAGUGCCCCAGCAGUUGGUGCGCCAUCUGCUCCAGUACCUGUCGCUUCUUCAAGCACAACUCCAGUUUCCAUCGUAAUCCUUCCAACUGUUGCAGCUUCAUCUACACUCAGCUCGGCCACCAUCAUCGCAACCACAGCACCAGCUUCACCAACAUCAAGCACCACCUCUCCCUCAUCCUCAGGAACCAGCUCCGGAGCCCUUCAGGCCUCGAUCAACGGUCUCUGCUCUGCAGGAAAAACAUGUACCGGCUCCGGCUUUGGUCCAUGUUGCUCCAAGGACGGAUUCUGUGGAAUUGGUGAUGCUUGGUGUGGUACCGGUUGUCAACCCGGCUUCGGAUCUUGUGGAACUACUCUCAACUCCACUUCUGCUGCCAAUCCCAUCAGAAAGAUCAGAGGAAGAAGUUGGAGACUUUGA